AUGUCCGGCGCUGAUGUGGUCUCUGCGGUGGAAGGGGCCUCAGCUGUGUUUCCGUGGACUUUCACCCACCCACCCACUGACGUCGCCCUGUUCGGUUCCGUGAUCUGGUACAGGGUGGAAUCAGGUGCUAAAAAGCUGGUGCUUAAUUGCACAUUUCCCAGUUCCGGCCGCUCCGCGUGCGAAAUAGCGACACAGGAGACUGGAGGAGGGCGGUUCGGAUUCGUGGGGAACUUCAUUCAGAGGGACAUUUCGAUAAUGGUGCAGCGUCUGAACCGGAGUGACGGUGGUCGGUAUUGGUGCCAGGUGGAGCUCAAUACUAAUAAAUUUCGAACAGUGGUUCUAACGGAGCUCUCUGUGAGAGCUCCCGGCGAGAGUGUCUCUGUGAUUACUGGAACUGAGGGAGCUUCGGCCACGUUACCCUGUGAGUUCACACGGCCUCCGCAGAACCUCACCGCACACACGGUGACGUGGAUGAGGAAGGAUCCCGACCGACACAUCGCCACCUUCAGGCACCAAGGAAAUGGAUCGUGGGCAGCGGAGAACGGAGCGACUCGGUACGAGCUCGUCGGGAAGCCAGAACUGGGAAACGCCUCGACCAGGAUAAAGCAGUCUGCUGUUGAGGACGCUCACGGUUACCUGUGUCUGGCUGAGUUCAGGGACUCGGACUACCGUUAUCCACACUUCUACGGACACCAUCUCAAUCCUCCAUAUAUCCAUGUGUCCCAGAGUGAGGUCAGGCUGCGGGUCAGACCUGGGACAGACGCUUUUGCCGAGUUUAUGUUGUGUAUCCCACUCGGAUUGAAAACUCUCGUCCUGUUAGUGAUGGGCGCCGUUCUCUACUGUGACUUACUCGGUGGCUUACUUACACUAAUUGUGAAGUCCAGGACCUGUGGCCAAAGACUCGGGAAUACGUGGUACCACAUCUUGCUGGGCAGAAAUUUCUCCACCCCCGAGUGUGAUGAAAUUACAGAGCAGUCUCCGGCUCAAAAUGUAGAGGAAGCCCGGUCGCUAAAUAUACUCAAGAAAGAGACAAUUUCCGAAUGA